AUUUGGGAAAUCGGUGACGUGGUCCCAGGCAGGUGAAAACGACGCUGGCGGCCACAGAGGCGUCGGUUGGUGGGACACGGUCUCGUAGAGCAAGCGCGUUGCCGUUCGUCAGGUAGCGAUCAGGGAAUCGGCUGGCCUGGCCGGGCAGCAGAAUAUUCGCGCAGUUCAUCUAGUCAUCUACGAUAACAUCGCUACAGGUUCUAACCCGUUUCGACGGACAAUCGCAACAGGUAGCCCGCUCGAUCUUUUUCGCUCUCGCGUUAUCGCGCCCGCUAUUUGACUGACGGUUUUAAUACGGCUUAAUAACAUUAUAGAUUGUGCUCUGGUUACCCUCGUUGUUGGAAAAUUCAUUUCGGACGAGUAAAUCGAGUUUUCGAACUCUGUUUUGCGAAGUACGUGCUAGUUUCGAAGUUUUCAUCUGAGCGGAAUGGCCAAUGUUCGUGAUAGCACGAUGUGUUGAUAACUUGAUGGCUAUCGUAACUGUCCUGAAUACCUGAGCGCACACGCAAACCACGCAGCCGUUUCCACACACAACAGCAAAAAUAGAGUCCUCCAAGCUGCAGCAAAUGAAAGAGACUUUCAAGUUCUCGAUGCCGGCUACGACGAUGUUUUCCAAAUUCAAGAGUGGGGGUGGAACCCAGAAUUGCUUGGAGACCAACCCCAUCGUACAAUAUUUCGAAAUUGGAAAACAGGUCGCAUGUGCUGGACCUGAACUUGUGUGGAAAAUUCACGACGCUUACAGGAAGAGCGAUGGAAAGGAAUGCUCCGUGUUCAUAUUCGAGAAGCGAUGUGCGGAAAAGCUGCACAAGCCGAAGCGGAAGGAGACCGUAACGGAAAUCCUUCGUGCUUCCGUCAGGCAACUGGAGCGAUUCAGGCAUCCCAAGAUCCUUCACGUGUUGCAUCCGAUCGAAGAGUGCGCCGACACGCUGGCGUUCGCUUCCGAAGCCGUUUACGCCAGUUUGGCCAACAUUUUGGCCUGUUACGAGGUGAGCGGAAGUCAGAGCGGCAUUAAUACAGCUUCUAAUCAGCCGCCGCAGAGGCCGCAACACGCUAGGGAGUACAAUUUCUUGGAUAUCGAGUACAAGUAUGGCAUCCUUCAGAUAACAGAAGCGUUAUCCUUCCUCCACUACUCCGGGCAUGUGUUACAUCGAAACGUGUGUCCUGCCAGCAUUCUGGUGACGAAGAAAGGGACGUGGAAGCUUGCAGGUCUAGAAUUCAUAGAACGCAUAAAUGACGUUGAUGGAGUAGAGCCAAUCCCAUGCCAGCCGUGGACCUCGAGAUUAUCCAAAAUGGCACAGCCCAAUCUGGAUUACACGGCCCCCGAAACUCAAACACAAUCUGUUUGCAGUAUCCUUAGCGACAUGUAUUCCCUCGGGAUGGUUAUAUGUUCCAUUUUCAACAAUGGAAAGCCACUGAUUCAGUCUGGGAACUCCACUUCUGCAUACCUUAAACAAUUGGAGCUUCUGGAAGAUCAAGUACAAAACAUUCUGUCAAAAAUACCACUGCCACUACAAGAAGCAACCGUUAGACUCCUUAGUAAGGAUACAAGGCAGAGACCAACUGCGCAACUUCUUACCCUCAUAAAGUAUUUCAGUGAUCCAUCAGUACACGCGCUCCAGUUCCUAGAUGUGAUAAAUAUGAAGGAUCCAACUCAAAAGGCACAUUUUUAUCGAAUUACCUUGAAAGAGGCCCUUCCUUUCAUCCCAAAGAAACUAUGGUACCAACAUAUUUGGCCUUCGUUGCAGCUAGAAAUGCGUAGUCAAGAAGUGUUAGCUGCUGUACUACAACCAGUGUUAUAUUUAAUUCAAGAUUCGACUGUAGAAGAAUACGAGUCGCUAUUACUUCCGUCCUUUAGGAGUGUCUUCUCUGCACCAAAAACAGUCCAAGCGACCGUUACUCUCCUGGAGCACUUACAUAUUAUUUUAGAGAAAACCCCACGUGACGACAUAAGGACAGAGGUUCUUCCUAUGUUGUACAAUGCCUUCGAAAGCACCACGAUACAAGUUCAGAACGCAGCUCUAAUUGCAGUGACGAACGUUUCGGAUUACUUAGAUGAUACGUCGAUAAGAAGAAUAGUAUUAACGAAAACGAAAGCAAUCUACGAGAAGAAUCAAACGGAUAUGAAGAUAGUCUCUAGCGUCCUGUCGUGUGUGGAAAGGACCUUAGGGAGGCUGGAUAAGGGUCAGAUCAUAGACGAAGUGCUACCUCUACUGUAUGACAUAAGGCUGACAGAUCCACAAAUAACCUUGAGGGUCGUAAAUAUUUAUCGAUUGAUGAUCAGCGAUAAAAAGUACGGUUUGACAGUCAAUCUCAUGGCCACCAAAGUAAUGCCCUCCCUGCUUCCGCAAACCGUCAACCCAUCCCUAAACUUAGAACAUUUCACAAUUCUAAUGGAGGUCCUCCAGGAGAUGCUAGAUCAGAUUGACCGUAAUCAAAGGAACAAACUGAAACUAGACAACCUCUCGUUGCCAAGUCCUGAAAGGCACCGGCCUCUGCGACAUCAAUAUAGCUCCGAUAACAUGCACGUGCCACCCUUCAACAUUCCUAAUUUGAGGAUUGAACAAAGGAAAACUUCCAGUGCUGAGGAUAUGGCCAGAAAGAAUUCUACAGGAUAUCUUCAUAGGAUAGGACAAAGGAAAACUUCGAGCGCUGAGAAUAUGACCAGGAAGAACUCAGGCGGCGUGUUAGGUGGAUGGUGGUUUGGAGGAUCCCCAUCGUCCCCUGAUAGCAACUUCUUGCGAGUGGUCAAUGCCUUCCCGAACAGAAGACUGUCCGAUAAUACCCUAAUGACUCCGAAAAUUCGGAUAGCUCCGUCGUGUGCCUCAUCUCCCGGUGGUACACCUGGAGGAGGUUUGCCUAUAAGAAGACACUCCAGUAUAGGACCCCAAGAGAGGAGAGGAUCGACCGUCAACCUGUCACCACCAACGGGCGCGAUAGGUUACAGCUCGGUGUCCCGAGAGGGCUCGAGCCUGUCGGUGCCGUCCAGUUAUGGCGGCUCGAUGCCCAACACCAGCAGCAGCGUCCCGUUCCUGCUGAGCAGCAGCAUGCAGAGCAUCCGCUCGCGGCGCCCGUCGGCGGUGCUCGGCGGCUCGCAAGGCUCGCAGGGCCUCCUGCAGCAAUUAGGCUCGGGCAUGGUAAGACUCACCUCUUCGUACCAACCGGCCAACGGCAGAACGUUCUCUAGUAGCUCGGUUAGGAAAUGCCCCUCUCUGAAUAUUACAUUUAGCUGAACGUACUACCAGCUAUUCUCAAGAGGUCAAUAAGCAUCAAACCCUUAGCUGAUGACUGAGCACGCAGUUUUUUCAUGAAAUGCGUACAUUUUUGUGAAGAUCUGCAGUGGCAAUCCCGAGCGACAAUCUCAUGCGACCGCACAACUCCAGAACACUCGAACACAUUUUGAUUGUUAUGUAUGUGUGGAUGUUAUCAGGUGUUUUCCGGAUAUGGUACCAAUUGAUUCAACAUUCUCAUCUUCACGCUGAAGGUUUCACACUUACU